AUAAACUAUGUCCAUCCAAUCAUCUUCUCUUGGUGUGCAUCCAUUUUCGUAAACCCCACCUUACCUCAUCAUCAUCAGAUGAUACACCACCAAGCUAUUACUUGUAUUUUUACUCUCUCUCUCUCCCUCUUUCUCUGAGUUUGUUACUCGUGGGUGUUGGUUGGUUGUUUGUCUAAGAAGUUGAGCUCUGUCUGGGUAAAAAUGGGCAGGAAGUGCUCUCAUUGUUGGAACAUAGGCCAUAAUUCAAGGACCUGCACCACUUACAGAGCAGCUGUGGCUGGUGGUGUGAGGCUUUUCGGCGUGCAACUUGACAUAUCUUCGCCUUCUGCUGCUAUGAGGAAGAGCUUCAGCGUGGACUGCUUACCCUCAUCCUCGUCACCAUCAUCUUCCUUGUGUUCAUCUAGAGUUUCCAUUGAUGACAGCUCUGAUAAACCAUCUGUCGACUAUUUGUCUGACGUUCUCCUAGGUCCUGUCCAAGCGAGGAAGAAGGGAGUUCCAUGGACAGAAGAGGAGCACAGAACAUUUCUAAUGGGACUCGAGAAGCUAGGAAAGGGAGAUUGGAGAGGCAUCUCCAGAAACUUUGUUACUACAAGAACUCCAACUCAAGUUGCUAGCCAUGCUCAAAAAUACUUUCUUCGCCAGGCAAUCCUCAACAAGAAGAAGCGACGUCCAAGUCUUUUCGACAUGGCAGGAAGCAGCAGCAGCAGCAUAACUACUUCCAGUCAUCAUGUUGAUGGCUCCCGCAAUACCAAGCAAAGUGAUCAUCCUGUCCCAACAGAUUUCAAGACAUCUGGCUCUCAAUAUGCAACCAUGCACCAUGACACCAGUACUCUGCCUCUGCUAGGCAUUAGUAAUUCUGAUCACGAACAAGGAGUCAAAUCAGAUGUCCAAGAAACUAAAUAUUCUGAUGAAUUAGCUCCACACAACCAUUUCAUGCCAUUUUUGCUGCACAGAGUGAAUGAUCCCUUGCCCAAGCCUUCAAGUUCAUCAGAAGAAAUGCCUCCAAAUGUAGCAGUACCUGAUCUGGAGCUCAGUCUUGGUGCUUCAAAAUCUUUGGAAAACAAUAAUCCAUCCCCAAGUCUCCUUCUUAUCAGACCUAUUAGAGUCACCUAACACCCACUCAAGCAGAGCCACAGAAGCAAUAUUAGUUUAGAUAUCACGCAUCCAAGCAAGAGCGUACUUCGUUAUUGCUAGUGGUCAGCAACAAUAUGUGUUAAUAGAGAAAUUAAUUCAUCACUAAUUUCUCUUUUCACCUUUCAAAACUUAAUUUCUUUGUUCAAA